UUGCUUGCUUGUUUUAAAUUAUAGAGCCAGAUGCAGUUAUUUCCAACAGCUACGGUUGUAGUUUGAGCAUCAAGAUAUAAGAAUGGGUCAUCGGCGUAGAGACGGAUUCUACCAAAGUGUGUUAAAUGUCCCUUCAAGUGUCACGUGAACAGAGGGGGACCCAAUGUAGAUCCUUGGGGUACACCUUUAGAUUAUUAGAUUAUUUCAUUAUCGUCUUUAUCAAAGCAAUUGAUGACUUUGUGACAAAGUUACAAAGAAACUAAAAUAUACAUAGUACAUAACAUAAAAUGUCACACAGUACCAAAGUUUUAACUCACAAAAUCUGUGUUUUUCACAAGUCAGUCAAUAUGGAUAUUACAAAAGUAAAUCAUUUUCUUCACCAUGCAUAUUGACUGGUAUAAAUGACUGGUUAAGAUCAUUUUCAUUGACAUGUUUUAAUUAAAAAUUACUGCAACAUUCAAUCUUGUUGCAAAAAACUUUACAAAAUGAAAUUUUCUCAUUUUUCUCAGAAUUUAAAGUCACUGUUACUUACUACAGGUUUUACGUAAACUUUUGUUUGCAAUAUGACAAAAUAAAGUAAAUAAAACAAAGCAAUUUUUGACUACGUUAAAACAAAGAAAAACAUUUAUAUCUAAGAUGGUGGAUCAAUGAGAAGCAGCAGGUUCAUUCAAACGGUGACAAAGUUAAAGGUAGUUUGAUCCUUCUGUCACCAAUCACGUGUGUCCUGACGUAACUCGAUAUCACAGAGAGUUAUUAAAGCCCGGGGCAGCCGAUGGGAUUAUAGUUUCAGCAAUAACGCUGCUAAAAAGGGCAUUUAAGGUUCCCAGAUGUUGACCUUAAAAGUGUUUGCCACAUGUUGCGUUUAAUCCUGUUAAUACCUCCAGUAUUUAGCCGAGUCUUCAAAAAAAAAGGUGUCAUAGCGGUGUGGCGCAGUAAUCCACUUAAUCCUCCGAGACAGCUGUCUGGAUUUAGGUGGUGAUGACCAUAAUCUCAUUUGGCACCUUGAGGGGCCGUCGGGGCGAUACACGAGGCAGUGUGAACCAAAGAAGAAGAAGAAGAAGAAGCAGCAUGGGGAACACCAAGAGCAGCGCGUUGUCCAAGGACCUCCUGGAGGAGCUGAAGUCCAACACCAAGUACUCCGAGUCCGAGCUGUGCACCUGGUACCAGUCCUUCCUGAAGGAGUGUCCCGGCGGGAAGAUCAGCAAGCAGCAGUUCGAGGGCAUCUACGCCAGCUUCUUCCCCGACGCCGACCCCUCGAAGUACGCGCGCCACGUGUUCCGCAGCUUCGACACCAACGCCGACGGCACCUUGGACUUCAAGGAGUACAUCGUGGCGCUGCACCUCACGUCCGGGGGCAAGACCCUGCAGAAGCUGGAGUGGGCCUUCGCCCUGUACGACGUGGACGGGAACGGAACCAUCAGCAAAAACGAAAUCCUGGAGAUCGUCCGGUCUAUAUUCAACAUGAUUCCUGCGGACGACCAGAAGAACCUCCCCGAGGACGAAGACACGCCGGAGAAGAGGGCGGAGAAAGUCUGGGAGUUUUUCGGGAAGAAGGACAACGAUAAAAUCUCAGAGGGGGAGUUCAUUCAGGGUGUGAUGGAGAACAAGGACAUCCUGCGGUUGAUACAAUACGAUGAACCUCAGAAAAUCAAAGACAAGCUCAAAGAGAAGAAGCAGUAAUACGAAGCAAAAGCUGCUUGGUGGGAUUGUAAGACUUGUUUUUUUGUUUAAAGUAUCGUAUGUGUAUCAUAAUAUUUCUUCAUGAAUGUCAGUUGUGCGUUUUUGUAUUCGUACCCAGAGGGCAAUUCAAUCUAAUUUAAUACCAGAAAGCAAAUGUGUGUGUUGUCUAAUAUAACCUUUUGUCUAAUUAUCGUGGAUAAAUCUCAAAUUACACUGGGGAGAAAAUGACAAAUUACUGGGCAGCAGUAACUUCCAUUGUGUAACAUAUUUUUUCAUUGAAUUAAACAUGAAUUUAUAGCUCAAAUGGACCUAAAAAAAGCUUAGUUUUCUUUGUGUGUUUGGCCUUGUGAUUGGCUUAAUAGUGUAUUAACCAAUUUGUAAAUGAAAAAUAUUACUUUACCAGCUAGCCUUAGUCAAAGAUAAUUUGAUCUAUGACAUAUUACUCAUGGUCAAAAUGUGGUGAACAUCUAAAUAAAGGAGAAAAUUAUUACCAGAUAAACGGCUAAACGCUAACUAGCCUCAUUAGCCCUUUAGCUAGCUAGCCCGUUAGCAGUAAUUAUUCCUUAACUUCUGUUAAUUACAUUAUUUGUUGUUAAAUUAAACACAAAUGUAUUAGUUUAUCAGCUCAAAUGGAAUACAGAGACAAAGAACAAACAAACACACACAUGUUGUGUAUAGUUUUUUCACUUUUCUUUUGUGAGGACGUAAUGUUCGGCAUGAGAAAAGUAGACGCUGCUUCCAGACCUUCAGGGUCCAUGCGAUACGCAGCUUAUCCCCCCCCCCCCCCCUCCCUUCAUGUUAUCUGGCAGCGUUUGGACCCAUUUGGACUGGACUCAUUAGGUGGAUGGCAGAGAAGGUCUCAGCUCCUCAGGAGAGGGAUCAGGUUAACACUGUAUCAGCCGAUCCUAUUAAGAUCCUAUUAAGGUCAGCUGAGACGAACACACUGGAAAACGCCAGGUCUUACUUUGGCAUUGUAUUGUUCUGUGUGUGUGUGUGUGUGUGUGUUCAGAUCGCUGUUACUAAUUUAAUUACUUAAUUCUGAUGUGAUUGGUCUUGAAUGUACGUUUUAGUAGUCAGUGUUUUACCAUCAGUAGAAAUAUAAUAUCAGUGUUUGCUGUAUUUGGGAUGUGGUCAAAGGUUGGAAACUAACUGAAGUACUGACGGCAAGAUUUAAGCCUUCAAACAUUCUAAAUACAAAGCAAAUGAACCCUGAGGAGAGGAAGGACUUCUUCAUCCUCUCCUCAGAUCAAACCUUUACUCGUGUGAACCAAAGUGGACGAAAGUAAUGAUAUAUGUGAACAAAAUAUUAGAUGCAUGUAUAAUAAAUAAAUGUAUAAUACAUGUAACCUGUCUGGCAUUAUAAUGCUUUGAGGGUUUUUUUUUUAAUACAGUUUGAGUCAAAAUAAUCUGAAUACAGAAAGGUUAAGCUUCUUCUUUAGAAACAUUUGCUUUGGGUUUAAUCUCCUGGACAGAACACACACACACACACACACACACACACACACACACACACACUGAACAGGUGUCCACCUGUCCACCACACACACACCGCUUCCUGCACCUCGGCACAGUUACAUAAAGACACUGCGAUGUUUGGUCUUUUCAGCGAGGAGAUUUAUUUUUGACACUGCAUUCCACAGAGGUCAGAGGUCACCCACCAGCCAACAUUCGUAAAAACACGGGACCAUCGGAACUGAAUGCACGUCAUGAAAAUGUUAACCGCGGAGGGGAUGAACUCGACCGCGACGUCAUCCUGAAACCGUUGGGACAUUUAGUUGGAACAUAAUAAAACAUUUAGUGCACAACAUUGAGACACACACACACACACA